GCUGGAAUGAGAUGGCUCUCCUUUGAAAAGCCCUGGGACCCAAUCUCUCUCUCUGUGUCUAUCCAAGUCUGGGGAGGUUACAUGACUUUGUUUGGGGGGCUUACCUGGUACCAUCAUGUUUGCCAGUCCUGUGACAUCCACUCCAUUCUCUGUAAAGGACAUUUUGAACUUGGAGCAACACCAGAGUGGAUUGUCUCCAAUGGACAUCACUUCCAGGCUGGAGAACUCGUCCUGCAUGCUGUCCACCUUUAAACAGGAGUCCUACCCUGGAACCCCUUGCCUCUCUGAACUCACUGAGGAAAUGUCCCAGAGAGACACCUCUAAGGGCCCCUCGUCUUUCCCUGGAUCGUUCUUUGUUAAGAAUUAUUUGGAAAUGGACUCUAAAGAUCCCAAAGAUGACAAGAAAGAUAUCUGCCCCCUGCAAAAAACUUUAGAACACGACAAAAGAGAGGCUGAAGACCCAGAAAGACCAAGACAAAGGAAGAGAAGGAAGCCUCGGGUGCUGUUCUCCCAAGCCCAGGUGUAUGAGCUGGAGAGAAGGUUCAAGCAGCAGAAGUAUCUGUCAGCCCCUGAGAGGGACCAUUUAGCCAAUGUCCUGAAGCUCACCUCCACACAGGUGAAAAUUUGGUUCCAAAACAGAAGGUACAAAUGCAAACGGCAGAGGCAAGAUCAGACUCUAGAAAUGGUCGGGUUACCACCUCCACGAAGGAUAGCUGUACCAGUCCUGGUGAGAGAUGGGAAGCCUUGCUUGGGAGAGUCUUCUCCUUACAAUUCCCCAUACAAUGUCAGCAUCAACCCAUACAGCUACAACACUUACCCUGCCUACUCCAACUACAGUAACCCAGCCUGUAGCGGAAGUUAUAAUUGCAGUUACUCUUCCAUGCCUAGCAUGCAGCCCACGUCAGCUGGUAAUAACUUUAUGAAUUUUAGCGUGGGGGACUUGAACACAGUGCAGACUCCAAUCCAACAGGCCAGCAGCGUAUCUGCACUUCAUCAUGGCAUCCGAGCUUGGUAGACUGCGGCCUAGAACUUUUAUCAGAGCACUCAAUUAAAAGAGGUGGCAUUGACUGCAAGGACUGGAAAUGGGUUGCAGGGAUUUGUGGGAAGGAAAAAUGUUCUGCACUCGCUCAGUGCUAGGAGUGCAGCCCAUUAGAGCUACAGUUGGGUGUGUGUGGUUAAUAUGGCAAUAUGCGACGGUCAGAUGUCUACUGAAGCACUGAUGCAAUCAGACAGAGUUAUUUCAUGUAGUGUUCAGUUAUAGCAGCACCAAGUUAUUUACAGGUUAUAUGAGUGUGUGUGUGUGUGUGUCUGUGUAUUAACCCCUACCCUGCAGGAUCCCAAAGUUGCCCAACAGCAUCCUACAGACAAAGUACUGAAUAUUAAACUUGUACUGAUAAUUCCAGAGACACUGAAUGAGCACAUACCUAGUCGCUUCACUCUGACGGUACUGGGAAAGGUUUCCCUGAUCAAAAUGAUAACUGUAAUUAAAAACAAUACAGAAAAUACAUCUCGUGUGCAGCCGGGAACUAUAAAUACUGAUUUGUUUCUUAUUACUAAAGGUAGCAACAAAUCUGUUCUAAUUUUUAUGCAACGCACAAAUAAUUGUAGAUAGCCCUGCCCCAGACUUGUGUUUCUUCAACUCUAUAAGAGUCCAGAAAUGGUACAUUUUUUUAGAUAAGCAAAGCAAAAUUAUUAUUGUUUUUAAUUUAAAAGCUGUACUGUAUAUGUACAGCUCCUGCAAAACAGCUUUAUUUAUUCAGUUUAAUAGAUAUUGAAUAUCCCUGCAUCUGACAUACCUGUAUGUGCCUUAUACUGCCAGUUUAGAAACUGCAAAACAAUGCAAGUGACAUUUUGUACUAUAUUGUGUAACUGCAAAAGGCAUGUAGCGCUCAACAAAAUCUGCUUUUUUUUUUCCUUCUUCUUUGUUGAUCUUUUUCUGCAACCAAAAUGUCGUCAGACUACAGAUCUAAGAUAAAUGUAAUAAAUCUGCUCACCAAGUUUGUUGCAUGUCAUUUAACCAAUAUAUGAAAUGAGUUACAAAAUGCAUGGCAGAGGGAUGGACCAACUGCAACAGAACUUGCACCAUGAUCUCUCAUCAUUAUCAGUCAUUUUUAUAUUUAUCGAAGGGAGUUUUUUGAAGUAGUCAUUGUAUUGCACUUCAGAUGACUUUAUCAUGUUCACAUAUGCUAAAGGGUGAAUUACGUUGGUUGAUACUUAUUAUUGUCUUAUCAGCAGUAGAUAAAAAAAAUAGUUUCAUCCUAUUUGGCAAUAACACUGAUUUCAACAUUUUUGUGACCUGGAGACGCCAGCUAAUUCACAUACGUUUUGAAGGGUCCAAUUGCUGAAGGCCUAUAUGUAUUUAAGAAAAGAAUUGCUUAUGCAGGUAUGGGACCUGUUUUUCAGAAGGCUCAGGUCCUGGGGUUUUCCGGAUAAGGCAUCUUUCAAGAAUUUGGAUCACCAUAUUUUGUUUACUAAAAAAUAAUUAAAACAUUAAAAAAAAAA